AUGUUCCGCCCAAGCACAAACACUAGCAGUCAUGGCAGGGGACUUUCAGCAAACAACAGAGCAAACGGCUGUGCAAGAUUGUCAAAACGGAAGAACAGAGAGGGUGUGGGCAUCAGAAUGCGCAUGGAUUCAGCACCCAAACACGACGGAGAUCUUCAGAAUUUGUCUCCAAGAAAGUACGGUGCUCUUACUAACAUCGAGGGCAUUAAUUAUUCACGACUUCCAUCUGGAGAGCAGCAGCAAAAGGAGGAUUGGCGCACCUUCAGAGCUCGCCUGGUUAGUGCAAAUUCCAGGGUAGUUUCUGGUCAAAAGCAGAAGCCGAGGAAUUUUAAUAGUGCAGAGUGGGCUCAUGAGAUCAAAAACAUAGAAGAGGGAUGCGUGUUGGUGGCUACCGAGGAAUUGAAAAACCGUCCUCUCCUUUCAGAGGUUGUCAUUCUCGUAUUACAGUGGCCGGUUAACUCUUCGGCCUGCAAAUUGAUUGUGUUGAACAAGAUGUUUCCUUAUGACAUUAGCUCAAUGGAUCUUGUUGACCCAAUGUUAAGGAAUUUACGUCUUCCUGCGUUUAUGGGAGGGCCUGCAAUGGGAGGUUUGGGAUUUGGAUCCAAAUUUCAUGUUUUGACAAGAGAGAAAGGAGUUGCAGGAUUCGAGAGCAUUCUGCCGGGGUUGUAUGUGGGGAACAUUGGAGUGGCUUUGCAGAGCGCCAUGAGCAGCGAUGUUGCCAUGAGAUUGUAUUUGGGGGAGGUUGAGUUGGAAAAGAGACAUUUGACAGCUCAAGUGCAGGCAUUCGGAUGGUGGAAAAUCGUAGCUUGUAGUAGAGAUGCUAUUUUUAGCACUAUUUUUAAUACGGCUCAAAUGUGGCGACAUAUAAACGACCUACUAGCUACGUAA